GCAAACAUGACAAACCCACGCGUGAUAGAAGCCAAACCCGACGUAACACGGACCGGCAUCCGCGCCUCAAUCUCCGUACUCAGUCUAACCUCCAACCUCCGAGCCUCCACCUCCCACCCCCCAACCCACGACUUCCAACACGCGCUCGACUCGGCCCUACAAAUCCAAGGCCUCGCCCUCAUCUCCACAGCAAUCCACCAAACAACCCGCGCCCAAAUGACCCUCUUCCACGCAAUCUGCGCCCUGCACUUGCUCUCCCUGCUAGGCUUCGGGCUAACAGCGCGCGGGACCUACGGGCCCAAGGGGCGGGCGCGGCGGUACGUGCUGUGGGGCAUCAAGAGCGUGUUCGUGGCAUUCGUGGCGUAUACCUGGAGUACUGCGCCGCGGUUUGGGAGCCGGCCGGUGUGCAAUGCGGAGACGCGGGAUGUGGUUCUUUUCGUCAGUGUUGGGGCCACGGAUGGUGUGUUUCGGUAUACGAUUAUGGGACUGAUGGUUGUGGGGCUUGUUUCGGCGGCGUUUGGGAUGGUGGUUUUCGGGAUGGUGUCUGUGGUGUUUGGCGCGAGAAGGAAUAGGUCGCUGCGGAGGUGUUUGCCGAGUCAGCACCAACUGGGCGUUAUGGUGCUGUGGAUUAUGAUCAAUGUGUACGGCGUGAUGAUGCUCGAGCUGACGAUUGUCCGGAAUGAGCUUGGGGCUGAUGAGCGGUGGUGGACGUUCGGCCAGAUUCUUGCCAUCUUUCUUCUUCUCGGCGUGGUGGCGGAGAUUUGUAAUGUGCUUUUGGCGAGCGUUGAUGCGAGGUUGGAG